UAAAGUUGGUAAAAAUUUACACGUAUAUGUUAAAGCGCAGGUCAAGCGUUAGAAACUUUCAGCCGAUAUUUUAUCGUGACAUAUCAAUAUUGUAAUUUUUAUAUAUAUUUUAGCUUUAUAAUUACUUAUUUCGCAUCAUUCAAAGAUUUUAAAUAUGUAAGAAUGUCAAGAAUCAGAUUCGUUUAAUUUAUCGUGACAGUAAAUGAAUUAAAUUCAAACGUAUGUUUUUCCUGUUAAAAUUUUAAAUCGCAGCAGUAAAAAUAGUAAAAGAAAAUGGGUAAAUAAAUGAGAUUAACAAUUAGACUCUACCUAUAACACCAACGCAAGAAAUGAUUUUUAAAAUGACAUCGUUAUGAAUUUAAUUUACGCGUUCAGAUUCAAAAGUUUUAUAAAAAAAAAGAAUAUACUGUUUUGAUGACCAUAUCACGAUAUAUUUUCGUUUGAUUUGAGAAAUACAGCACGUUCUAUUGUUGUGUCAUAGUUCGGAAGAUUGACUAUACUUGUACUUUUUCUAUUAACUGAAAGUCGAAAAUAUCACGUGUUUUUGUGUUCAGACUCGAAUGCAACAACGAUAGGAGCACGAAGUACUGUUACAUCAGUAUUUCGCAUAUGUUGCACAGCACCCUCGAAUGAUAGAGUGGUUAUUUUAAUGUUAUAAUUAGAAAAUCCUACGUAAUUAAUAUUACUGAACCGCAGCGUGGAGUUUAAAGUCAGCAUUAAAUGUUGUGUUUUUAAAGCUUAUGUUGUUGUUUAGCUCUGGGCCAGCUCUGAUUGAGCAGACCUAUGAUCAACAGCAUUCCAGAUGUCAUCGAAGUCGAAAUUACCUCCAGGAUGGCUUUCUCGAGAGUCAAAAACACACCCAGGAAAAUUUUUUUACUAUAACAAAGAAACUGGAUUAACUACAUGGGUAAAACCUUGUGAUGAUGAGGUUGUGGUAGAAGAUGAUGUUUCACAGAAGAAAGAUAAAGAAAGUAAAAAAUAUGCAAAGACUUCAAAGAAAAGAAAUAAAGAAAGGCAAGCUUCGAUGCUGCCUCGUGCCAUAUGGACUAAAAAUCAUCAAAUUAAAAACUCUGGCUCUGCUGUAUCAGCCACACCUAAGAAAAUUCUUUCAAAUGUCACUGUUCUUAAUCAGAAAAAUUGUUCUUUAGUGGCUGAUUAUGAUUCUGAUUCUGAUAAUGGUGAAAAUAAAGAAGAACAAGAAAAGAAAACCAAAGUGCCAUCAAUAAAAGAAAAGGAAGAAAACAAGAGGAAAAGAGUACAUUCUCCUGAAAAAAAUAUAAAGGAAAGUGGGAUUUUACCUGUGAAUACUGCAAGAGAGAAAGUUCAGGUAAAAUGGAUUCAAAGUUUCCAAGAAAAGAAGUUACUUCAUUUGCCUUUAGAAGCAAAACCUGAAAAACCUCAAAAGAGAAAGAUAAAAAAGGCAAAACGAUCUGUAAAAUCCAAAGAGUCAGAAGGUUUAACAGAACCAGCAAAAAUUUUAGAAGAUAGUCCUAAAAAGAAAAAAGUAGCCAAAAAGAAAACAUCUAAGAUAAAAUCCAAAACUUUAAAGAAACCUCUCAAGUUACCAGAAACCAGUGAUUCUAAUACUACCACCUCACAGAUAGAUUCUGAUUCUACAAAGAAAAAGAAAAUUGUAAAAAAGAAGAAGAAAACAGUUUCAGUACCUGCCAAUAAAAAUAAUUCUUGUAUUUUGGAUGGAAUAGAUGACCAUUCUUCAUUAGUUGAUUCUCAGUUACAAGCAGCAAAUGCAUACCCAAGUGAUGUGUCAGAAAGUCCUUUACCAAUUUCUCAUGAUGUAUUUGGCUUUAGAUAUUUAACACAACCUAUGGAAGUAGAUACUUGCCAAGAAGAAGAAGCAAUGGUUGUAGAAAUCGAAGAAGUACGUAAAAUUUUGAUUUGUCAGCCUUCAAAUGAAGUAAUGGGAGAUUUGACAGGGAGCAUUUCUGAAGAUUAUGCAGCAGUCACUAAUUCAUCCCCUAAACAGAUGGCUUACAUAAUACUUGAUACCAAUAUUUUACUCUUAAAGUCUGGUUUAGCUGUGAUAGAAAAAAUCCGAGAUGGUUUUUAUUCAGAUAUUGAAAGAUCACCAUUUAUUGUGGUACCUUGGGUUGUCAUGCAAGAAUUAGAUGCUCUUAAAUCCAAAACUCGAAUGAACUCAUCCACUGCGAAACAUGCUCAGAGAGCCAUAUCAUUUCUUUUCAGUUGCUUCAACAAAAAGCAUCCUCGAAUUAUUGGACAGUCUUCAAGAGAGGCCAUGGAACAGGAUCCUAUAUUUAUUGUUGAAAACAACGAUGACAAAAUACUUCAGUGUUGUAUGCAAUUCCAGAAAAAAUACCCACACUGUUCAGUUGUGUUGUUCAGCAAUGAUAAAAACCUUUGCAAUAAAUCCAUGAUCAACAAUGUAACAGCUUAUACACAACAGUCAAUAGAGUAUGGUCUUAAAGAGCUGCUUGGAAAAUCAGAAAUUACCUUUGACUUCAAUAAUUCUGAGAAUCUAUCAGUUAAUCAUGGAUCACAUUCUGAGAAAUGUUCUGAUGCUACUACUGAAAAUGAAAAUCGAGAAGAUAUAAUUGCCACUCAGAUUUUUAUUAAACUCAAAGACAUCUUAGAAAAACUACUUGCCAAAAUAUUAGAAACUGAAAUGAAACUGGCGUUUGAUGAUAUCUGGUUGGAUAUAGUUAUCCGAAAGCCACCGUGGGAUCUAAUAGACAUUUUAUUUUGUAUUAAAAAGCAUUGGAUUGCUGUAUUUGGAAUGAUUUAUGAUGGAAAUUCAAAAGACAUUGAAUCAACAUUUAUAUCUCUCUAUGAAUAUUUCGUUUCAGAUAAAGAUCCUAUUAAAGAGAUGGAGCAAGUGCUUUCCCUGAUACACAAUAGUCAUUUUGUGUUGAAACCAUUAGCUGCUAAGUCUUCUGACUACCAGGAGGAUAUUAAUCAGUACUUAAAAGUCUUAAAUCUGAUGGAAACAAUUUGUACAGAGAUUAUCUCUAAAGCAGUGGAUGUAAAUACAAUCAAAAGUAUUGAUGAACUUUUGGUAAAAUACGCUGAAGCUAAGGUGGAUCAUGGCUCUGUAAGUAAAUCUGGUUCUGUUAUGUUUAAUGAAACAUUAGCACUCAACAAAUUUCAGAAAGUAUGGGAACUUCUCAAUCACUACUGCCAAGAGGUGGAGCAAGCUCUUCAAAGAGACCCAUCAGCUGAAACUUGCCAACAGAUCUUAACAACUCUUCAAAAUUCUAUUCCUGCUAUGGAGACAACUUACAUUAAUUUCUCAUGUUGCCUUGCGAUGAAUAUUGAAAAACCCUGUGAUACUGAAGCAUUCAAUUCUUUGUCAAAUCAGCUAAACCUGUUGCUCUCUGAGUUAGGAGGCCAUGACAAUGAACCCAAAGUCACCAGUGCUCAUCUACAAGCUUUGUUUUUUCUCCCAGAUAAAAGAGAAAUAUUGAACAAUGGUCUUGGCCAACUGGAAAACAUGAUUCGUGGUUUGCGUACAUAUCACUCAAAGUUAAUAGCAACGUGACAAAAGUUAGUUAAGUAGCCAAUAUUUGGCUGGUUAUUUGCAAUAAUAUCACCUUCCAAAUUGACUUUUUCAAGUUGAAUUACAUAACAUCGAAGCUAAUCAGAUUUAUGAUUUGCUAUUAAGGUUAUUAAAUGCUAUUUGUUUAAAACUGAGUGUACUGUUGUUAUUGAUAUAACAGGAAUUAGAAAUAAGUCUCAUAUAACCUUCAUAGUUAAUAAGGAACUCCUUUUUCAUUUGUGAUUGUCUUAUUUCACUUAAUGUUACAAAAAUGAAAUGAAAAAAAAGAAAAAAAUGUUUAGCUUUUAAGCAAUUAUUCUUUUUUCUUUGUUUUUUUUUCCCCCACCAAAUUUCAUACACACAGAGGCUUGCAUGCAUUUUUGCGCAUAUAUGUAUAUGUGCAUGUAUACAUGCACCACUACCUGCCCACAUACUCAUACACAUCAACCAGCAAAUGUGUGCACAACACGAAGAUGUAAGACAUCUUGAGUGACUCAGGGUUUAUCUUCUCCCUAACUUGCUAUCCCAAUGAAGUUGUGAUGUAUUCUGCUUGAAUAUUAAUUCUUUCAGAAAGUUGAGCAUUGCCAAUCUUCUUGCAAUUCUUUGAGAUCAAACAUAUCAACCUCAUUAUCUUCAUCACUUUGGAAAGGUCUGAAAAGACUAUGAGCAUUUUAUUCCCAGUUUAAAUAAAAAUAGAAAAAGUAAACAUGAUUAGUUGGAGAAGAAUAAGUAAUUUUCUCACAAGGCUAGAUAAACUGAAACAAGUAGAAUUGUCUUACCUAGAUACAAACACAACAAAACAGCCACACUGAGGCAAAAAUUCAGUAAUCUAUUAUUUUACCUGUAUGAAAUUCUUAGGUAAUAAUGCAAAAAUACUACUGGAAGAUACUCAGGUUCUACAUUGUAUUGCCACCCUCAGACUUCUAGGAAAGCAUACCAUGUAUCACCAAUUUUUUUUUCCAAAUCAUUUUCCAACAUUUCAGAACAUCCUUUCUCCAUUUUUCUCAUUUUUAUAAUUCCUAUUUACAUUACAUUCAGGUUUAUGAUUAUACUUUAAGAAAAAGUAAUUUGAAAGAAAAACUAACAACAAUCUUGAUUUAAUUAUUAAUAAUUAAUACCUUAUUUUUAAUAAUUAAUACCUUAUUUUUCUGUGAUAUUUAAGUCAGUAAUCUCACAUGAACAUGAACAUCUUCAUCUAUAUUUAUAUUUUUUAUCUCAAUCUCACCUGUUCUAAAUUAUCUAAAGGGAGUAAAAAAAUGUCUUCAAUGUUUUCUAUUUUUACAAAAUGAAGAAAAACUGUAAAAUUUUGUUAAGAAAAAUAAAACUUUAAAUAAUGUU